GCUGGUUUCCCUCGUCACCUGCCGUGGUUAACUUUCCGGUGACUCGGUUUAACUCUUGAGAUCUCCAUGGAUGUUGCUGAGAACACUUUUGCUGCCUUUGCCGGGAUCGGAUUUCGUACCGACUGGACCCUGUGUAGCUGUAUGUGUGUUCUGAGUGUCUUGAAAUUUUGCUUUCCUUUCCAAGAGCUAUGCAUUAACUGUAACCAAGACCUGUGAAUGACCAUAGGCUUGGCUUGACCUUGAUUUUGAUGGCUUUGUUGGAAGAUGUAAUGAUGUGAUUGCAUUUCAUGAAGCGAUUGCUCUCCAGCCUCUAUGGCAUAGGCUAUAAGCCACUUCUGCCACACUGUCGCUCAUGGACAAUCCAGAUUUUCUUUAAACAAACCUUCUGGCUAUUUUUCUUUUCUCACUUCUCCUUUUCCCCCUGUUUUUCCUUAAUGUCGGGAGCCUUAUUCUACACUUUGAUGUGACUGAGAGUCCUGCUGUUUCGUGCUGCUCAUCUCUGGUUUAAAGUACAAUGGCUCUAAGUAGCAACUGCAGGACUUACCUUCCCCCCCGAGAGCAGGGGACAGGGCUGCCCUCCUUCCCGGAGGUAGUGGAGCUAAACGUGGGCGGCCAGGUUUACUUCACUCGCCAUUCCACCUUGGUUGGCACCCCUCACUCCCUGCUGUGGAAAAUGUUCACCCCAAAGAGAGACACAGCCAACGAUCUGGCCAAGGACUCCAAGGGAAGGUUCUUCAUCGACAGAGAUGGUUUUCUUUUCCGCUACAUUCUGGACUAUCUCAGGGACAAGCAGGUGGUUCUGCCUGACCACUUCCCAGAGAAGGGGCGGCUCAGGAGGGAGGCUGAGUACUUCCAGCUCCCGGACCUGGUCAAACUCCUGGCUCCCGAUGACAACAAGCAAAGCCCCGACGAUUAUUGCCACAGUGACUAUGAAGAGGUCUCCCAAGGCAGCGACACGAGAAUAUGCCCACCCUCAUCGCUCUUACCGCCUGAUCGCAAAUGGGGAUUCAUUACCAUCGGGUACCGGGGGUCAUGCACUAUUGGCAGGGAGAGCCAAGCGGAUGCCAAAUUCAGGAGGGUUCCAAGGAUUUUGGUUUGUGGAAGGAUUGCUCUGGUCAAAGAGGUCUUUGGAGAAAGUUUGAAUGAAAGCAGAGACCCAGACAGGGCUCCAGAAAGGUACACCUCCAGGUUUUAUCUCAAGUUCAAGCACCUGGAGAGGGCUUUUGACAUGUUGUCCGAGUGUGGAUUCCACAUGGUGGCCUGUAACUCCUCAGUGACGGCUUCUUUUGUCAACCAGUACACAGACGACAAGGUCUGGUCCAGCUACACUGAAUAUGUCUUCUACCGCGAGCCCUCGCGCUGGUCCUCGUCCCACUGCGACUGCUGCUGCAAGAACGGCAAAGGCGACAAGGAGGGGGAGAGCGGCACGUCCUGCAACGAGCUGUCGACGUCGAGCUGCGACAGCCAGUCGGAGGCCAGCUCCCCCCAGGAGACCGUCAUCUGCGGCCCCGUCACCCGCCAGCCCCACAUCCAGACCCUGGACCGCCCGCCCAAGAAGGGGCCGGUGCAGCUGCUGCAGCAGUCCGAGAUCCGCAGGAAGAGCGACCUGCUCCGGACCCUCACCUCCGGCUCCCGGGAGUCCAACUCCAGCAAGAAAAAAGCCGUGAAGGAGAAGCUCUCCAUUGAGGAGGAGCUAGAGAAAUGCAUCCAGGAUUUCCUCAAGAUCAAAAUCCCAGACAGGUUUCCAGAGAGGAAACAUCCCUGGCAAUCCGAACUGCUGCGCAAGUACCACCUAUAGGUGCAGGGUGGGGGAAGCACAAGACCUUAUUACCGUUAGGGCAAGAUUCUAAGUGAUACAAUUUCCAAUAAUAUUUAUUUGUUAGGUCACAAAAAAAACAAAACAAAACAUCUCUAUAGUACUGCCUAAUUUGCCUAUUUCACCUUAAUAUUUAUAGUCAUAGGGUAACAAUAUUUUUCCAGUCGUGGAAGCACAAUGAGAAACGCUUUUAUUUGUAAACUCCGAGUCCUACACAAGCAGGAUCCGAAGGGCACAGCGCGGGGGCGGGAGCUGCUGGUGCCGGGGCGCGGGCGCUGGGAGGGACGUGCUCAGCGCAAGGAAACGAGCCCUGCCAUGGCAGUUUACCUUAAGCAUGUGUAUAUAUAUAUGUGCAUAUAUAUAUGUGUGUAUAUAUAUAUCAAUAUAUAUUGCUUAAAGAUUUUCCAGCUCUCUCCUUAUAACUGCACUUUCUCAGAAAAGAGCAUUUUUUAGCAGGCUGUGGAUGUUCUGUUUCUUCUUCAGGUCUUUGAGGGUUGAACAGUAGAAAACCCACCUCUCUGUCUCUCUUCCUCUCUUUUUUCCUCCUUCUCUGAGACAUCAUAAAUGCAUUUCAGUGGAGACCAGGGAGCAGUGUGCGGGUCUUUGUUGCUGUCAGCGAAAUACUCCAUUUGUUUUGGAUGGUCUCGUUCCCGCUGCGUCCUCCCCACGCCUCGUGUCCCGUGUGUCGAGGCUCCGGCGGGCCGAUCCCGGCUGGGAAGCUGUGGGAACUCCCGAGGACGAGCGCGGUGGCCGCGCUGGGGACAGGGCUGGUCCUGCAGACCUGCCAGGCGCGGGUGCCAGGAGCCUUUGGUGGGAGCUGGCAGGAGAGCGGGCGCUGGGUCCUGCCCGGAACAGAAGCAAACACAAGAAAUUAUCCGCCUAACAGGCCAAAUGGAGCGCUUUGCUGGCCGGGGGUGGAUUGCCAGGGGACGGGAGCGGCGCCGUUCCAGCCCCCUGUGCUUCCAGAGAAAAUGCAGCCCCAGAGGGGGAGCCCGUGUUCCCUGCCGUCCUGGUGUCGGUUGCAGACGGUGGUGCCAUGUUGGCCAGCAAACGGUGCCAAGUGUCCCGUGCUGUCCUUGGGAGCCAUGGGCAGAGCUGGUCCCGUGCAGAGCGGGCAGGGGACCCGCAGCCCCGCGGGUGUGGGGGCGCGGGGAAGGACAGUGGGUUGGUCUCGUGGGGCGCGGUGGGCGGUCACUGCCGGGACCGGGACGUGCAGGAGCCGCAGUUAGCGAGGGGUCAAGGGUGUAUGGCCAGCAGAGCCUGCAGCAGGUCAGCGCCGGGGGCUCAGCUCAGGGGGCUCAGCUCAGGGGGCUCAGCUCAGGGGGGCUCGGCUCAGGGGGUCUUAGCUCGGGGGGGAGGCCGGGAGGCCGGGCUGCCAGGGCAUGCGAUCCACAGAGAGCAACAGGAGAAUGAAUUGUUCCAGCUAAUGUACUUUGUCCAUAGCUGGAACAAACCAGCUAAAGUAUUUGAGAUAAAUUCUUGAUUUUCUAAAGACACAGGUUGAAGGAGAUUUUAUAUAUAUAUGUAGAUAUAUAUAUGUAGAGAUAUAUAUAUAUAAAAAAAAUAUGGGAAGUGAUAGUGCUGGUAACAGAAAGCACUUUGAUUCUGACUUAUUUAAUGUCCUGCAGGUUCCAGGGCUUCCCCCCUCUUAAAUUCCAGAGACUACUACAGGAGAUGGUGCCGAGCAUGCACAGAUUGAGUCUGUUGCUCUUGUGCAGUUGCAGCAGGGUGGUGUGUUCACACUCGCAGGGCUCCAGUGCACCCUCACACCCGCCCGGGACGCUUUUGUUCUGCCAGAAGAGCCACCAGGGCUGCACGGGCACAUGGGUUCACACCCAUUGCUCAGCCGCACAGCUUGUACAGUAGGAUGCAAAUUUUACCAGCAAAAAAAGGAAGCAAUACUUGUCCAGAGUGACCCAUAAGCACGAGCUGGCGGUAAGGAGGGGAAAACCCUCCCAGCAAUACAUCUCCCAGUCUUUGGAGAGCAGGGCAUGGAUGCAGCAGCUUGGCAUCAUCCCUGCUGAGCUUUUACAUGCAAGAAAGGUACGAUUUCUAACAGUGAAUGGGCAGUGUUGGUAACACCGAGUAGGGAUUGAGAAAUAGAGGAUCUGACCUGGGAAAUGCUGGUCUGAAUGAGGAAACUCAGCACUGGGGAUCAGGCUCUAGAUCCAGUUUGGGUUUGAAGACAUUCACUCACGCUCAAGUCCACCCGUGGUAGUUGUGCAGCCCUCUGCUUACCUGCUCAAAAGAUGCAUUUUCAUGUGGGAAUCAAUGUUUUGCACAAGACCCACAGAUUUGGCUCCUCAGUUAUUUGUUGGUUACUUCAUAACAUUUUUCUUUUCGUACUCAACUCUUUCUGCAUUUUGCCCCCCAGCUCCGGCACCAAGCAGCGAGCGUGGGGAGCAGGCAGGGCUCCCCCCCGAUUCCCAGCUGACUGUGCAGUGUGGCAGCAGACUGCAGCUGAAACCUUGUCCUUCCCACCACUCCAGGUCAUUCCCUGUCUCUUUGUAAUAUCACAAAUAUGUGGUCUAUAAAACACGUGUGACAGAGUGAAUGAACAGGCACUGGACGUGUGUGUGUGUGUGUGUUCCCAGACUGAUGUUCAGGGUGCACAGGAUUGCACGAUGAUUAAUAACUGUAGAAAAAUUAGACCAAAUGAAAUGCGCCCGAAUGGGCUUGAUUUAUGUGGCCUUCAUGUCUUCAGUUGUAGAUGAAAUGGUUAUUGCGCUCCAGUGCUACAGAAAUAAAGGUCUUAAAAUUCACUAAUCACAGGCAGGCCAAGCCUGCUAGGAAACACAGUGCUUAUCGCUGUUUGGGAUGGAGCGGGAGGAGAUCAGGUGCCCGGGCGUGUGGGUGCACACUUGUAUGUGUGGGUGCACACUCGUGAGUGCGUGCUCGUGCAUGUAGGUGCACGCUCAUGGGAGAUGGCGUGCACCUCCUGCUGUGCUUCUGCAGGGACUCGGUUCUGGUCUGGCUCCAUGUUGCAGUUGGUUACAGGUGGUUUGGUGUAAAAGGGAGCUGGGGGCUGUGCAUGGAGAGGUUUUGCUGCUCAGACUGACCCUUUUCCCACUGCUGCUGGUGUCCUCGCACAGGCACGAGGAUGGUGAUUGUUCUUAUCACGGGAGGGGGAUGUAUUCACUCAGGAAGACCUCUUCCCCAAAAGAAUGUUAUGCCUACAUAUAUAUAUAUAUAUACACAUAUAGCAGUACAUAUACAUAAAUAUAGCUAGCUAGAUGUAUACAUACGCCUUGGCACCACUGGCUGUCAGGAGGUGCAGGAGAAGCCCCUGCAAGGGCUGGGUGUCAGCUCCCCCCGCAGCCACGCGUGUCCCACCGGCCUCGGCCGCCCACGGCCGCCCACACCGGCUCCCACCUUGCGGGGCAGAAAUCCCAGGUUUCCUUAUGCCUGUCACGGUCAGAAUCCCAGUUUCCCAAGGGCUUUGCUCCCUGCCCAGCCGCCGCGGGGCACACACCUGAGCAGGACUCCAGGCAUCGGGGAGACAAAGGGAGGACACGGGGGUUUACAGUGACCCGUGGGGAACAGGAUGUUCUUAUUUCCCCGGAUCAUCUGCACACACUGUAUAGAGGCCUCACAGCACUCUGGAGAACACGUUUUGGGUUUUUAAUUCCAGUUUUGUGAGUGCAUUUGUCAGUUUUAUUUGCAAAGCUGUGGGCUGGCGGGGAAGAUGAGGUUGGUCUUUGUUGGCAGUGACCAUAACGUAACUGAGCCCUUCAGCCCUAUGUCUAACCUUGCUCUCCCAGCCCUGCAAAGCUGGAGAAAGCGUCCCAACGUCUGACCCGCCCCGGAGCCCUUUCCACUGCGAGAACACACGUGGACGUGACUUCCAGAGUGCUUUAUGCAUCAGGCCCCAUGUGGAUCAUGGUACAAAAUAAUUGUCCAGUCUUAUGGAUAGUUUAUGCCCCAACGGGGUUUUGUAGAUUAAUAGUAGAAGAGCAAAAAAAAAACACUUUUAAAUUAUUUAUAUUAUAAAAAGACAUUCUUUAUUUUUCUUGGCAUCGAUACCACUUAGCUAAAAAAAAAAGAAAAUCAGUUUGUAAGUAUGAUAUUACAGAUUUUAAACUAUAGCAACGGUAACGCAAACACACACAAAACAGCAGAAUUCAGAGUUAAGCAGACAAAACCUGCCGGCGUGAAGCAGGAUGGCAGAGCCGGCCGGUGUGGCGGGAGUCGUGGCGCUGUCCCGGCGUGUCUCUGGAGUCCCCUCCAGGUCUCUGGCCGUGUCACCUGCCCCGAGGAGCGGGGGCAGCGGGGGCAGCGGGGGCAGCGGGGGCUGGUCCCUUCCCGGCUCUGCAGGGCAGACCCCCGGGGUCGGGGUCGGGGUCGGGGUCGGGUUUGUUGCAGCGCUGCCCGUGCGAUGCCCUCCCAGCCGGCACCGGGCAUGGCGCCGGUGCGGUCGGUGGUUUGGUGACCUCGGGGCCUUGCUCACGGUACAUUCUCGGACCUCAUCCAGCACUCGGUGCCCCUGCGGAGCCCGAGUCAGUCUGUUGCACAUUGGUGUAGAUUAAGUGGCACCCACUGAAUUACCUCUUGACUUUCCGACGUGGUUCACUUGUACAUAAGUGUAAUGUCAAACUGUUUACAGGUUACUUUGUGCGUAAUUGUGGAAAAAAAAAAAGUUUUAUCUACAAAUUUAAAGGAAUCGAUUUUACUGGAAGGUGUUUUAAAACAAAUGAAUGUGCUUAGUACAGUAUAGACAUCAUUGAUUAUGGUCUCACAUGAAUGCAUGUAUCUCCGUGUUGUCGGUCCCCACCAGUGAGGUUAUUGGCAAUAUUCUGCAGUCUGUGAAUAGCAAAUAUGCAUAAACUACUGUGACUCUGACAAGUAUAACUCGGUAAUUGUUUCUACUGUGGUAUGUAAAACAAACAAACAAAUCAUGUAGCUUUUAGCCUGCUGUAUUUCCCCGGUACAAAUAACCACAUGAAAGAGAGAGACAUCCUGGGAAAAAUCACACGAGUCCUGGCCGUGACCUGUGCGGUGGCACCUGCCGGGUACCUGGGGGCCAGCUGCUAAAAGAUGCCUGUUUCUAGGGGCUGGGGGUGGCAAAGGGAGGUGCUGCUGUUGCCUUCAGCCCAGCGUCACUGCUGGCGGCAGCGCUGACCGUCGUUUGGGACGCGCCACUCGUGUGAACGGGUUCUGUGCUGGGUGUCGUACAACGCGCUGGUGGGAAGUGCAGCUCUCGCGGUUGUGGCAAUGGGCGCUGGAAGCUGCAGCUAAUCUGUGUCUUGCCAUUCCAAUAAAUCAGUGUAUAUACACUGGAAGAGCACAGACAAGAGUAAAUAAGUUGGUAUCCUUCAACUGUCAUAUAUACGUACACACACAACGCUCUAUAGAUAGAUACAUACACGCUUUCUCACCCACUGUGGUUUAGCGUCAGUUCAUGAGCAGCAUUUCCCUGCAGGCUGGGGAUUAUUCUCCCUUGAAGGUGUGGGUUUUUUUCCCCCCAUUUAUUUCUGGGUUGGGCUGAUAAUUACCGUUUGGUGGUUGCAGAGUGAGAUUCUUCUGCCUCCCUGUCUUGAACAGAGAUUUUCUGAUGCCGAGAUUUGAAAGUACUGUCACCAGCAGCAAUACUUCUGGAAAAGUCAUCGUUGCAUCGGGGUUACCUGCCGGAGUAUUUCCAAGCGUACUUUGAAAUACUUUAUUCUCUGUCAUUGUAAGGACGCGUUAGCAAGGGCCGGUUUUGUUACAGCCAGCGGCCGAGCCACACACGGUGGGAGUGCAGGAGGAGCGGAGGACAGGCGGGGUCUGUCCUGGACUGUCCCCUCACCAUCCAUCCCAGCGUGUCCCAGUGUCCCCGGGUGGUGCUCAGCUGAGAAAGCUUCGGGUUCCUCCAGCAGCUGCUGCAAAGACAGAAAGAGUGGAAGGUUGCUGGGGGGAAGAAGCGGUUCACAGUCCUCACCCCCAGCAGUGACAGACCCGUGAUCUGGGUUUAUUGUCUUUUUCCGUGCACAAGUGCCAGGGCUGACGGGCUGGGUCCUGCUGUCGUCACCGCUUUGGGUGCCCGGCUCCCGUCGCUCUGCCAGCCGCGCACACGCUGGCAGGGCUGGAACCGAGAGGCAUCGCUGCAGGCGAGCUGGGGCUGGAAGAGCCAGAAAACCAGGCCACUGCUCACUUGUGGAGCCGACUAUCCUGGGAUGGCUUUGUUUUUAAUUAUCAUUAUUCUUCAUCUGUGGUACUUGGCUGUUCUUCAGAGGAAGCUCUUUCCCAUGGCCCCUUUCCGGGAGAAGGUGCAGGCUCCCGUCUCCGCAGCGCUCCCGCAGAUGGCACGUCACCCGCGCGGGGAUCUGGCUGCCACAGUGUCUGCACAAGCAUAUGGGGGCAAAGCCGUGCUGGAAGCCCCAGCUCUCAGCUGUGAGGCGGGAUGCUCGCCCAGCGCUGGGCACGCUCCCAGCCUGCAAACAGCCAGCGGCACCGCGACCCCGGCCCGGCAGAUGAUCGCAGCAGCCGCCUGCCUUCUGCAUCGGCGCCGCCUGCGGAGCCCGCGGGCCCCAAACCGCGUCACAGCUCCCGGCCGAGCUUCUCCCACAUUAGCGACGGGGAGGGAGGGAAUGGGGAGACGGUUCUGCUGCCGGUUCUGAACGAAGCUGGUGGUCUGUGACCCUGGUCACCUGUCUCUUUCUCCCGGUGGCAUCCAGUGAGCUCGCUGCUGGUGGGGGAGCAGCCGCCUGGGCUGGGGUUUGGGCGCUGCGGGAACAUGGUCCCACGCUCAUCAUACAAAUAAACCAGGUAGCGAUGCUGCUGUCGCCUAUUCGUUAUUAGAACUGGCACAGGUUACUUCUCUGGGUACGCUUUUUUAUCGUAAUGGCAUAUAUCUAACUAACUGUAGGUGUGUGGUGCCGGUACAUGAACAGUAACUGCGACUAGCUGGACUCCAGGUGUCUGUGGAGCUGUUGCACUUCUGUGUGGGUGAGAUCUUUGUGACCAAUGGAUUUUGACUUUGCUGACCAAUUUUUUUUUUUUUAAUGUCAGUUUGGAAUAAACAAAAAUAUUAAAGUAUUUAUUUUCUUUUUUUUAAUGUGAAACUACAAAUAUCAUUUUGUCUGACCUGAAAUGAAAUAAAUGUUUCACUUCAAACAAAAAAGAAA